AUGCUCCGUGCUGCCAGUGGACUCCAGCUCGUCACCUCCCCGCUCCUGCGGCUCCUGCGCCUCCAGCUGCUGCUGCUGCUGCUGAUGAUGAUGAUGGUGAGCAGGAGCAGCUCAGCUGUUCACAACGACGCCACAGAGUCCGUGAACCCGGAGCAGCAGCGGAUCAGCGCGGAAGAGACCGACACUGAAGACACGAACCAGGCGAGGAGCGGAGGGAGGAGGAACAGUGAUGCUCAUGUGCGCCCUGGUGCAGACCAGAGCCAGGUGGGCUGCAGGGAGCUGAGGUCCACCAAGUACAUCUCUGACGGUCAGUGCACCAGUGUGAACCCCAUCAAAGAGCUGGUGUGUGCCGGGGAGUGUCUGCCCGCUCACCUGCUGCCCAACUGGAUCGGGAGCGGCGGCUACACGGGCAGGUACUGGAGCCGCCGCGACACGCAGGAGUGGCGCUGCAUCAUCGACAGAACCAGGACCCAGCGGAUCCAGCUGCAGUGCCAGGACGGAAGCUCCAGGACGUACAAGAUCACGGUGGUGACCUCCUGCAAGUGCAAGCGCUACUCCAGGCAGCAGAACGACUCGGGGCACAAGGACACUUCUGUCCUCGGCGGGAAACAGAGGAAACUUCUGAGGAAGGCUGGACACCACGAAGACAAAGCAGGGAAACAACAGACGUCUGACGUCUGACGUCUGCUUCACCGUGAAGUCCGCUGGUGAAUUGCUGCAAAAACAAAUUAAACAAACCACAACGUUACAGAGCCAGACAUUAAAGUGAAUAGUGUAGAUUUAGAUCUGUAUCUGUAGCUUAAAGAGCAGCUAAGUUAGAGGAAAUGUAAAGAUAGAUAUUAAUGUCAUGUCCGACCUGGACUGAGGAAGUUUCUUAAAAAGAGUGAAGGCAGAAAUUAAAAGCUUUAUUUGCAUUUUUCACAUCACAUUUUAUACAUUACACAUUUCUUAUUACUUAUGGUUACAUGUAUCACAUAUAUACAGCUAUAUAUACACAGUUUGUUUGUUCAGUUGUAUUUGAACAUUAUCAAAUAAAUAACAAUGCAAAGCUUCAGAGAAACGUUCAAAACACCAGAAGAUAAACUACAAUACAUUUAACAUCAUUAUCUGUAGAACAGUGUAAUGUUCUUAUAGUUUGAGUGGAGCGGGCCGCAAGUUUGAGACCUCUGCAGUAAACCAAAAUAUCUUUGGUUUGUAGACAAAAAACACAAAAUAUUUACGUUUGAGGGUUUUUGAGGUUUGGGAACUGACUCAGCUUCACCUACAGCUGUCGGUCGUUGCAUGUUAUUACUGUUAAUCCCUCAUAUAAUCUUCAUUUACGUGUGGAUUUUUACAUUUUUGCACUUCCUGUGUUUACACAAAGCCAGACGAGCCACAUCCUGACUGAACAUGUCGAUUUAAAUUUUAAUUAGUCACGAGGGACAUUUUGUAAAAGGGACACGAAGUGGGCUCUUAUCUGAUCUGUUAGUGGCCAACUUUAUCUCCCAAAACGGACUGUAGUUAAUCAACGCUGUUCGUCACGUCACUGUCAGCUGACAUAUUUGACAUAUUUAGCAUAAAUUCCUUCUGAACAUAAUUCGCUCUAACGACACGACUUGUAUAAAUCAUUUCUAUUUGUUGACUGUUGUUGUAUAUACUGUAAUGCUCUCGUUUUUAUGCUCUACCUCAUUUAAACCAUUCACUUUUGUACACGCUUAGUCUGAAACUGCUUUAGCAACAACAGUGGAACCAAACACACACAAACACAAAAGUACACAAAAGACAAAAGUAUUGGGACACGUGACCCUGACACCAACAGAGACUGGAAUGACAUAUAUUCAAAUACAUGUACAGUACUUUAAUAUGGAGUGUGUGCCCCUCUUUGCAGACUUGGAAGGUUUUAAAGUGUUUCUAUGGGAAUUUGUGUUCAUUCAUUCUGUCGAGCAUUGAUGAGGUCAGACACUGAUGUUGGACGAGAAGGACUAGCCCCUUUUCCACCAACAUUUCCAGAAAGUCAUUUACCCGGGGAAAAGAAUUCCCAGUAAUCUGUGCAGUUCACGUUUACACUGCACCUCAAAGUUCCAGAAAAGGUUUCUCCUUCUUUUAAAAGGUUGUUUUUAAACACACAGCCCCGCCCCCUCCAGAGUUCCCAGUUAUCUGAAAUGUCCUUAGUCACAAGUAGGUACUUCUUUUUUUCCCUCUUGAUUAUUUUGAUAAUCCUGAGUUUGGGUAAUCCCUGUCCCAGUUCAUCUCAAAGGUGCGCGAUGGUCAGUUUGAGGUCAGGGCUCCAGGUGUGCACCAGUCAAGUUCUUCCACACCAAACUUAAAGUCAAACCAUGUCUUUAAAGUCGUUGCUUUGUGCACUGGGAUGUCACAGUCAUGUAGGAAUAGACAAGGAGCUUCCUUAAAGAUUAAUUGGAGAUAAGGGACCUAAAAAGCCAGCGAAACAUCCGGUGUGUCCAAAUACUUUUGUCCAUGUUGUGUAAAGAAAGGCCAGGACGGCUGUAAAGUUUGGUGUACAUACUGUAGCAGUUAGUUUUGUCGAAAACAUAUUUGUCAUAUAAGCAACAUAAUGUUAGCAGGAUGUUUUUUAUAAAUGUGAAGUUAGAUGAACAGCGUAUGUUGUCGUGCUUAGAUCACCUACUGUAUCGUCUAGGUGGGUAAGGUUUUUAUGGGUAUUUUUGUAUUUUUCUUUUGUAAUUUAUUUUUGUACCAGAACAGUUAAAAAGUGUGUUUGUAUAUUUUUUGGUAUGAAAUAAAAAUAGUUGAUGAAAACACGGG